AUGGCCGACUAUAAAUCAUACAAUGCUCGCAGAGGAGGCCGUUAUGGCAGAGGCCGCUUCGGUGCUGGAAGACGCGGAUUUAAAGGACCACGUAGUAACUAUCGAUUCCGUUCUUCCAACAAAAAAAAUGGAGAACACUUCCUGGGACCAUUUUCAGAAGACUAUGUCAAGGAAUUCCUCAAGAUUAGAAAUAACGAAAAAUUGACAAAGGCUGAGUUGAAAAAGGCCGAGGAGGAAUUUAUUGCUAAACAACCUACUGAAAUUCAGGAAAAGUACAAGAAAUUUAUUGAAGAUUUAAACCAAAAAAGAACUGAAUUUGAAGAGACAAGAUCAAAAAAGUACGAAGAACUUUCUCCAGAGGCUAAGAAGCUUUUUGAUGAAGUUGAGACUAUUAAAAAAGAGGAGAAUAUUUCUUUCAAGGAAGAAAGAAAUAAAAUUAGAAAUUUGCUUGCUAAAGCUGACGCCAAUGUUCGUAAUGAAUUGAGAAAGAUUAAUGUUACUGAGAAACAGGGUAGAUCAGUUCGUGUCUCUGAACCAAAGUCUGGAAAAGGGAACAAAAGAUCUCAGGAGAAACGUGAAAAGACUUUCUCAUUCCUUGAAGGACUUGAACAAGAGAAAAUCGAUGAAUAUCUAGCCAUUCGUAAGGAGAACAAGUCUCUUCCAAAGAAGGACGUUAAUGCCUUAGAGGCUGCUUGGGCUAGCAAGCAGGAUGAAACAGUCAAAAAGAACUUUGAAGAGUAUGUUGAAAACGUUGAAAAAAAGAAGAAACAACGUUUAGAAUCUAACAGAGCUACUAUUGACAAGCUGGUUAACCAACUUAAUACCUACAUUAAUAAGUUGGAAACAUUGAAAUUAGAUCCUGAUACCACCUAUGAAAAUGAACUUAAAGAAAUUAAGGAGGUUGAGUAUCAAACAAUAAGAACACUCCGCUACUCCACUCGUAGUCUUUUCCCAAGAUUGAACAACUAUUGA